CCUUUUGUCAUCAUCCCUAGUCAAAACUCACAUUCACAUAGUUUACUAAUAUCACACUCAGUGACUUCCACUUUCACUAUCACACAAACAGAAGCUCCGAAAAACAAGUGCGAAUUCCAUGGAUACAGAGUUCGGAAUCCCUCGAGAACUCCCUGACCUUCAGAGACAACGUUCUCUUAACCAGCCUCUACUUCCUCCCGGUCAUCAGCGCAAGAAAUGGGGAUGUUGGGGUGGAUUCCCUUGUUUUGGAGCACAAAAGGGUGGAAAACGUAUCGUCCCAUCAACUCGUGCUCCUGAUGGUAGCGCUCCAGCCAACCAGCCAGCUGGAGGAAGCCAAACAGCCAACCAGACUACUUCUAUUGCUCCUCAUCUUCUUGCUCCUCCUUCUUCCCCAGCAUCCUUCUCAAACUCUGCUCUUCCUUCAACUGCUCAAUCUCCGCGCUGCCAUCUCUCCAUGUCUGUCAGUUCACCAGGUGGCCCUUCCUCCACUAUGUUUGCUACUGGACCUUAUGCUCAUGAGACGCAACUUGUUACUCCUCCUGUAUUUUCAACCUUCACCACUGAGCCGUCUACUGCACCUUUUACCCCUCCUCCAGAAUUGGCUCACCUAACAACUCCCUCCUCUCCUGAUGUUCCUUAUGCGCACUUCCUCUCGUCAGCUGCUGAUUUAAAUUGUGCUGGAAAGAACAAUUAUGUGCCUUCUAGUGAUCUUCAAACCACUUAUCCACUUUCACCUGGAAGUCCUGCCAGCAGUCUCAGAUCACCUGUUUCAAGAACGUCUGUUGAUUGUUUAUCUUUUCCUGAGAGGGAACGUCAUAUUGCAAAGCAUCCGAAAAACGCUUCUGAAUGGCUUACUAAUGAAAAUGGAAAAUCUCAAGCUUCAAACUUUUUCUGUCCUGCAACGUUUGCUCAGUUCUAUUUGGAUCAACCACAUUCUGGUGGGAGAUUAAGUAUUUCCAAGGAGUCUGAUAACGGUACUGUGAAUCAGAGCAAGCAGAACAAGAACAAUUGGCAAGAUGCGGAGGAACUAGAGGCUUACAGAGCAUCUUUUGGCUUUAGUGCAGAUGAAAUGAUCACUACUCCUCAGUAUGUGGAAAUAUCUGAUGUUAUGGAUGAUUCAUUCACCAUGGUGCCAUGCACCUCAAAUAAGUCACCCGUAGUAGAAGCAACAUUAGUAGGAUGGGGACAUGGAGGAUCAAGAAAGUCUGACAACAAUUUUAUUGGUGAAAGAUCUACUAAAUCAGGUUCAGAUAUCAAUGGCAAAGGUUGUCAGGGGGUAGUUUCAUCAAAACAUUUGGGAGAUGAAAAUUCAGAUGAGGAACCUAGAAGAGUAUUGGAGCAGCGUGCAGUGAGAAGCAUAGGUCUAACUGAUGAUGAAGAUAUAUUUUCUAACAUGGGGAAACGCAAAAACAGCAGAAAAUGUAAUAUAGGCUCGUCCUGUUCGGAUGCUGAGGUUGAGUAUAGGCGAGGGAGGAGCUUGCGAGAAUGUAACCUCACUUGGCAUUAGUUGAUGUGACGUAGUAGUGUUUCAUGGGUAGUUCUGUUUCUCUUGCGUUUGCAUCUUGCGUGCUGGUUAUGUCCUCAAUUUCCUAAUCCUUGAUUCUGAAUAUGACGACAUUGUAAUCUAUUCCGCCUUGUGUGUGUUGAUAACAUGCAAAUGACAGCAACCAGCACAGCGUGGUCUAACUUGUGAAUGAGCUUGGCCUUUAUUACAUGACUGAUAUCAUGCUGUGUAUCGUCAAAAUACAUGGGGUCUGCGCACGCAAGUUUGGCUCUGUAGUUUCGAUCAAGAAUUGGUUAGUUUCGUGCGUUUUAAGCUUAUUAGUUGGUGUGGGAGAAUUGUGAUGUAGAUUGGGUUUACUCGCAAUCACUUGUAAGAAGCUAGAUACUUGAAUUGUUCAUAUUAUUAUCUUAAAACAAGGUUGAAAUUA